CCGCAAUCUUCACCCACCGCCAUUAUGUCGCGCCCCGAGGAUAUUCUGCCGCCCGACCUCUUCUACAACGACAAUGAAUCCCGCAAGUAUACAACGUCCUCACGUAUUCGGAAUAUUCAAGCCGACAUGACAAACCGAGCCCUGGAGCUUCUGGACCUUAAGUCUCCUUCCAUGAUCCUUGAUGUUGGAUGUGGUUCGGGUUUGUCAGGUGAGAUACUGUCGCAAGAGGCUCCCGAGGAUGGUGGACCGCAUACGUGGGUGGGCAUGGACAUUUCACCAAGCAUGCUGGAUGUGGCUCUUCAACGCGAGGUUGAAGGCGAUCUCUUUCUUGCCGAUAUUGGUCAGGGAAUUCCUUUCCGGCCCGGUUCUUUCGAUGCGGCAAUCAGUAUCAGUGCCAUCCAGUGGUUGUGCAAUGCAGAAUCCAGCGAUGUCAGUCCCGAAGGUCGCUUGAAGCGAUUCUUUGAGGGCCUUUACGCCAGUCUUCGUCGGGGUGGACGAGCAGUCUGUCAAUUCUACCCCAAGAAUGAUAUUCAGCGGAGCAUGAUCAGUGGGGCUGCCAUCAAGGCCGGCUUCGGAGCUGGCAUGCUCGAAGACGAUCCAGGCACCAAGAAUGGCAAGCUGUACUUGGUCCUUACUGUGGGUGGUGGUGGCCUCCAAGGGGAUAUUCGAGGUGUUGUGAACGGCAUGGAUGAUGUCGAUGUGUUGGAUGCUAGGAAAAAGGCCAUGGAAGUGAACAACGCCCGUCCGGCCCGGAAAGGUGACCGAGCAUGGAUUAUGAAGAAGAAAGAACAGAUGGAGAGGAAAGGAAAGGUGGUGAAGCAUAACUCGAAGUACACCGGCCGCAAGCGACGUACGGCUUUCUAAUUUGCCAUUCGGGCACGCUUCGUCCCAGUCCGCCAUUCCAGAUGCACCAACGUGCUUCAAAAAGUUCUUC